GUAGCACGUCCGCCCAAAUCGCAGCUAACUACUUACGACAAGCAAUACAAGAUGACCACCGCCGCUAGCUCUUCCUCAUCGUCUUCGGUGGUGACUACCGACCUGCCGCUGAAACUCCUCGCCAAGGGUAAAGUGCGCGAUGUCUACGACGCCGGCAUCCCCGAGGGAGAGGAGCACGCAGGAGCGAUCCUCUUCGUAGCUACAGAUCGCAUCAGUGCCUUUGACGUCGUGCUGGACAACGGCAUACCAGAGAAGGGUCCCCUCCUGCACGCCCUCUCUACCUUCUGGUUCUCCCUCCUCACCCCCUCCAUUCUCCCCUCUCACAUCCUCUCCACCAGCUUCUCCACCUUUCCCGAAUCCCUCCAAGCCCGUCUAGAUGUGCACAGAGACCAGCUCGAUGGUCGCUCCAUGCUCGUGCGCCGCGCAAAAGUCCUACCCAUCGAGGCAAUUGUGCGUGGGUACAUUACUGGGAGUGGGUGGAAGGAGUAUCAGAAGAGUGGCACGGUUCAUGGAUUAAAGAUCGCAGAGGGGCUCAAGGAGAGCGAGAAGAUCCCCGGUGGACCGAUCUUUACCCCGAGCACAAAGGCAGAUCAGGGGAGUCACGAUGAGAACAUCCAUCCCGACAAAGCCGCCGACCUACUCGGUCCCGCCCUCGCCAAAGCCGUGUCCGAAGCCGCCCUCAACCUCUACCGCACCGCCUCGGAACAUGCCGCCUCUCGGGGUAUCAUCCUCGCCGACACCAAGUUCGAAUUCGGUCUCGUCUCUUCCUCUCAGUCCGGCCUACCACCUACCGCCUCCCUGGCCGGCUCUUCCCUACCCAGCGGAGAGUCCCUCGACGACAUGACCUUGAUCCUAGUCGACGAAGUCCUCACUCCCGAUUCUUCCCGAUUCUGGAGCGCAGAGGACUUCCAACCGGGAAGAGGACAGGCUAGUUGGGAUAAGCAAUACGUGAGGGAUUGGCUAAAGGCAAAUGGAAAAGAUGGAGCGGCGGAUACGGGUGAGGUGGUGAGACUGCCUGAUGAGGUGGUGCAGAAGACGAGGGAGAAGUAUCAGGAGGCUUAUGAGAGGAUUACCGGGCAGAAGUGGAAGGGAGUGACGGGAGUUUGAAUGCCGGGAAGACGAUCGCGCAGCCUGGAGCAAUCAGAGAUGUUGACAUCCUACGAAUCGUAUAGACCAUUUGGAGACAACCACAUCUCGCGGUGAGACGGUGACAUCACAAUGCUUUCGCGGAGAUGACAAUGAUGUCUGGAGUGACAAGCGCGAAUAGAUUCUAGAUAC